UCAGUUUAGACGUCAGGCAUUUUAUAUACGGGAAAAAUACGUAAUAUAAUUAAACUAGCAAUGAAUAAUAGCAACAAAUCUAAACGUAAAGUACUGUCAAAUUAAACUAAAUAUUUCUGACACCGACCUUUACAAACAGUAUUCUACGAACAAUAUGAUGUCAUUUGCUCGCGAAAUAUUUUAUGAAACUUAGAUUGUUCAGUCGUGGUUUUCGUUUUACCACCGGCAACGGAAAAUUUUAUAAAAAAAUGGACUUUUCGGAUCCGCCUGCGAAGGCGUCAUUAUGCUGCGAGGAAUCUGUCGAAGGUGCUCCUCCUACGUAUGCUAUGUACGAGGCUUUAAAAGACUCGUGUCAGAAUAAUGCUACCUACUUUCAUCCUGAUGAUAGUGAAAAUGGACAGCGGCUUUACCAAGGAUUUAUGACUCUGAUUGAUCAUAUAGAUACUGUUUGGCCUCUCGUUGAUCACGUUCGUAAGGUAGCACCUUCAUACGACUUCGAUGCCAAGUCUCCGGGUAAUGGAUAUCGGAGUUUCGUUUCGGUUGUUGACUCUUGUGUUUUGCACGGACUUAAACUGAGCCGACAAGUAUGUACUGGACGAGACGCGCUGCUCUUUCGUAAAGGUUACUUUGUAAAGGAAGUGGAAUCAUGUGGCCAGCUUCUAGCGUCCCUGGGAACGUGUUUACAUCAUCUCCAAACUUUGCUUUCGUGGGCAGCUCCGGGAGAACUGUUUCCUAUAGAGCCACAUUCACCUGAGGAAUUAUUCUCGCAAGCGGACACGAUUAAUCAGUAUUGUUUCUAUGGAAGAUGUCUUGGGUUUCAGUUCCUGCCAUCAAUGCGUGGUAUACUCAAAGGUAUAUCCAUAUGCAUGGCAGGUUUCUCCGAAGCCUAUUACAGCCACGGUAACCUCAUCAGUUCCGUGUGGACGGGGGGGCAGUAUUUAAUAGAUCCAGAGAUGCGAGCGAGACGCAUCGUCAAUAUCAGUCAGUCUGCGAGUGUGGAAUUCUGCAAGGCGUUUUGGUUUCUAGCUGAGAGCGAGAUUAUGAAGCGCGUUCCGAGUCUAAUGUCAUCAACGGUGGCUGUUAAUAAGAUAAUAACGUUACCACCGGAGCCUAUAGUGAUGACUACGAAUGAAGGGAAGGAAAUGACAAUACUACCACCGACCGUUCAUAUAGGAUUACAAGGGCUUAAUGUUCGACUGAUCAGUGUUAAUAAGAGAAUUGGUAUGGCCGGCGAAGGUUCUUCAACUCUUCCGCCAGCAGAGGGUAUAAUAUUCCAUUGUCACGGCGGUGGCUUCGUGGCUCAGAGUUCGAAGUCCCACGAGACUUAUCUCAGGGAAUGGGCCUCUAAACUUAACAUUCCCAUUCUGUCAGUGGACUACAGUCUCGCGCCGCAGGCACCCUUUCCGCGAGCCUUGGAAGAAGUUUUCUUUGCUUAUUGCUGGAUGAUAAAUAAUUUUAAGGAAAUUGGCACAACUGGUAAACGAAUAGUAUUCGCCGGUGACUCGGCCGGUGCAAAUCUGAUCGCGGGCUGUACGCUCAAGAUCCUGGAAGCCGGUCUCCGUCCGCCUGAGGGUCUAUUCAUGGCGUACGCUCCCUUGCUCGUGAGCUUCAUCCCGAGCCCGGCCCGACUGCUAUGUUUGAUGGACCCGCUUCUGCCCUUUGGAUUCAUGAUGAGGUGCCUUAAAGCAUAUGCAAGUCCAAACGCAAGAGGCAAAGUGGAGAAACGAUCAAGUAAAGAAAAUAGUACAUCGAAUGCCACAACGCCUGUUGAAGGAAACGGCUUUCUUAAAGUUAGUCCAUCACAAGAGGGCGCCAGCGAGGGCCCGUCGUCGUUCGAGGAGGUGUCUCCGUCGGACCUGGCGGAGCUGCAGGCGCACAAGUCGGGCUCCGAGCGGCGCCAGUCGUCCGACACCACCAUCAGCGCCGCCUCGCUGACGAGCGAGCACACCGCUGCCGCAGGUAUAACACCAACGGAGGACAAGUCACAACAGUACGUAUCAGACUUCCUAGAGCGGUACGUUUUCGACAGCGAUACCGAUUCCGAGGGGAGGAAGUUUCCAGUUGUAAAACCAAACAAGAACCUACAUUCACAGAGAGAACCGGAAUCUGAAAAUUCAAGUACUUUGAUAGGUGAACCGCCAUUGUUACACGAUGGAGAGAACAAAGACCAUAAAAAAAGAAUAAAGACACGUAUAAGUGAAGCAGCAACGGGUCUAAUGGGUGCGAUGUCGUCCCGUCUGGCAUUUAUCACGGGUUCAAAUAAUAUAAGACCGUCCCAGGAAGAACUAGCCGUUAGGUCUAACUUGGACGCCUUAAUAGCUCGCAGUCCGUCCGACGAGUUCAUAUUCUCCGUGCCGCGUGACCCGCUGCUGUCGCCGUACUGGGCCGACGACGAACUACUCAAAAGAUUCCCACCUGUUAGGAUAUUGACGGUGCACCUAGACCCGUGCCUGGACGACUGCGUGAUGUUCGCUAAGAAGCUGAAGGGUCUCGGCAACGAAGUCGGCCUCGAUGUAUUAGAGGGUCUACCGCACGGUUUCUUGAAUUUCUCAUUGAUGGCCAAAGAAGCACACGAAGGCUCAAACCUUUGUGUCGAACGUAUAAAGCAAUUACUCGACUUAGAAAAUCACGCGAAUACUCCCGAUAACACGGAGUUAUGAAUGUGUGGCCUUUGCGGUAUUCAUAGAACUUAGGCUUUAAAGUGUGCCUGUGCCUGAUACGUAAUAAAUAAAGGCAGCGACGCUGAGAGCCUUUAGAGCAAUUAAAAAAAAAUAGCAAAUGUUUUAUUCUCGUAUAAUUUUGUUAAAACUUUUCAAUUGAACUGUUUUAAACAGAUUUGAACUUUGUUGUGAUUUAUUUUUAGAAAUUGCACUGCGGGUAGAUUUUAUUUAACAGAAGUUUAAAAAAAAAUAAAAGUGGUGUGGUGUUUUCAUAUUUCUUAACGAAGAAAUAAUAUUUUGAGUGAAAUAAUAAUAAGUCUUAUUUAAUAUGUAUAUAUAUGUAUGUGUAUGGCACUAAUUAUAUUUUAUUUACUUUAUUAAUUUAAAUUUGUCAAAAUGUUUUUAUUAAGGCUGUAUGGAACAGUUCCUUGGAAAUUACGCAUUAAAAUAUAUAUUUAUAUUUUUUAAAUCAACAAAAUACCUGUUUAAAGCUUAUAAAGAUUAUAGCCGCUAUAAGUAUAUAUUAGUAAAAAAAUAAUAAACUAUUUAAUUAUGUGAGAUAUAAAUAUCAUUGUGGAAAGUUACACGAAUUUAAAUUUACUGUACUAACUUCAUGGUGGACCAGUUAAGAUGGAAGUGAAUGCUGGAUAGAUUAAAAAUACACAUUAGAAAGUGGAACCCUAUUUAUGCACAUUGUUAAUAUGCAAAUAUUUCUAGUUAGAAAUUUUGAAGUGAAGCCAUUGAACGCGAUGUGAGUGAGUCGUAAUUAAGUGCAUUCGAUAUAUGAAGUUUGUGAAGAUACGUUACGCAAAUUAUAUGGUUGGACGUUUGCCAGGUGAUCUUGCGCUUUGUAUUGUUUUUUUUGACAUUGACGUGACUUAGCGGUAGCAUUAAAUAAUUAUUUAAUCUGUAGCUUAUCUAUAUUAUUUCAAAUAUUUGGAAGGUAUUGUAUAAACCAAUAGAAUUGCACAAAGAUUAAAUAAACUAAACGUCUAAGUAUCAUAUAAAUGUACAUA